GCCCCGCCCCAUCCACGCUGUCGGCGGAUCGGCUGCUCUGGCCUCGGCCGCAGGCAGGCGCAGGUAGCCGCGUGCCGAGACGGCGUGCUCUCCGGACACCCCGGCGUGGCUGAGGCCAUGGCAAAGGCUGUCUGUGUAAACGGGUACAAAAGGCCCGCCGGGGCCGGUGCGGACGCGGGGGAGCGGCAGGCAGCUCGGAAGAGGCGGAAGGCGGACGGCGGCGGCGGCGGCGGCCCCGAGGAAAAGUCAUCUCGCUUGUCAGCAGCUUUAUUUGGUGAGGACUGCGAAAUCAGCCGUGACCAGCUGUAUGAGUUGUUAAAGUAUGCAGCUUUGGGAAAAUGCCACAAUGCAACACAGCCCAGCUGGUGCCGUAUUUAUCACCAAAGCCAGCUGGCUGGGGUUGUGGUUAUUGUUCUACGUGAAAUGAGCCAACUCCAUUUCUACAAAUUCUAUUUGCAGUUCAAACACCUCAGAAAAGUGUUUCGGCAUAGAUUCACAUUAACACCUUCCACUAACUUCCUAGCCAGCCUGUGUGGAGAAGGAGCAAACCUGGAGCCUCAAAACACUGCACAAGGUUUGACUUCCACUAGCAAUGAGUGUAUUCCUAAAAACUCAGACUUGGAAUGUGAUCCCAUCAUUCGGAAAUAUGGAGGAAAAAAACGAGGCCUCACUGGCUAUAUGCUGACUUUAGAAGAGCAGAAAAAAUAUGACUAUCCCAUAAAAGGAUCCCCUAGAUGUAAGGGCUAUAUAUACACAGAGUGUGAUCAGCAGAGGACGGACAGCAGCCCCCUCUUUGGUCUGGAUUGUGAAAUGUGCCUGACUGCAAAAGGGAACGAAGUCACGCGUGUCUCUUUGGUGGAUGCACAGGGUCAAUGCCUCUUGAAUGAACUCGUCAAACCUGAAAGCACAGUAGUGAACUACCGCACCAGAUUCUCAGGAAUCACAAAGAAAAUGCUUCUUCCGGUGAAAACAAGACUGCCAGACAUCCAAACCAGACUAAAAAAAAUACUUCCCCGUGACGCAGUAUUGGUGGGUCAUUCUUUAAAUGGUGAUCUUCAGGCUUUGGAGAUGAUCCACCCCAGUGUUAUUGAUACUUCAUUGCUCUUUGCCAGAAAUGAAGGUCGAAGAUUUAAGCUAAAAUUUCUAGCCAAAGCUGUUUUAGGGAAGGAGAUCCAGUGUGAACAGAAGCUUGGGCAUGAUCCUGCAGAAGAUGCUAGAGCUGCACUGGAAUUGGCUCAAUUCUUUAUCGAGCAAGGACCAGCAAAGGCAGCAGAACUAAACUUGGAGAUGCUUCUGACAGCUGAGGUCUCACAGAACAAAGCUGCGUUACAGCCACAAGGAUGUAGGGUCCAGAAACAGUUGAAUGAGCCUCCACAUCUACCCACACCAUGUUUUUUAGACUGCUUGCAGGUGACUGGCCAAAAACCCCUCCUUUUGGGCAGACAGGAACUAGACUCUUCUGGCCUGCGUCAGAGUAACCUGAGCAUUUCAAACAAACAGGUUCUUCGGAGAGCCUUAGCAGAUGUUCCCCUGUCCACAUUCAGUGUCAUUCAGUUCAGUCUGGGGCCAGAGUACACAGCAUCUCACCUUCUAGCUGGACUUUGUGAAAAGGUGAGAAGCAAGCUGACUGACAUGCUGACAAUUUACGCAGGUCCUUUUGAAGAAAACUUUUGCCUGAAGUCUGUGAAAAAAGAAUUUGGGAGGUGUGGACCAAUCUGCUCUCUUACAGUGGUAACUGAAACACACGAGCCCUAUGUCUGUGUCCAGUAUGAAGUGCUGGAAGCUGCCCAGCUUGCUGUGGAAAGCCUCAAUGGAGCUGAGAUAGCAGGAUCCUGCAUUAAGGUUCAGAGACCUGUCAGUGCAGCAAUGUUGGACUGCGAUGUUUUGAUAAAGGAACUAGAACUGGAUGUAGAAAAUGAAGGUGUGAUUUAUGUGGCGGGUCUAAAGAAGUCAUUAACGGAGACGGACUUGCAAGAGGAAUUCAGCCAGUUGAAAGACCUGGAAACACUGUUCCUGCCAAAGGAUCUCCAGAGUGGAAGGCACAGGAACUGCUGUUUCCUCAAAUUCCAGAAAUCACAAAGUGCAGUGGAUGCCCUUGAAGUUAUAAACGGAUGGACCGUGAAGGGCAGCAAACUGAGAAGUAGGAAUGCUCUUGCUUCAGGCCACCUCUGGAGAUGGAUUUGGCAAAUGAAUCACAACACCGGGAAGCAAGGAGGAAACAUCUUGUAUGAGAAAAUGGAGCAGCUAUCUGACUCUGAGCAGGAGCUAAGGAAGAAGGUGAAGAAGUUAGACCACCAUGUCAAAAAGCUUUAUAGAAGUCUGCAGAAUAACACCCUGUGCAUUAUUCUCUUUCCUGGAGUGAACAGCACGCAUGGAUCGCAAUCUGGCCUUGGUCUGAUGGGAAUAAAAGAUGACGGAGGGAGGAGUGCUUGUUAAACUGCCAAGUUUUUAAGCAAAGUCUUUUGUUAAGAUAUUUUUAGUUACUUUAAAUAUUGAUGUCUUUGUAAAGAUCUCUUACCAUAAGAACAAUAGGCUUUCACUCUGUAUCUUUUACAAAGUCUAAAAAUAAAAGCCAUUCAAAAUGUCUUCAAGCCCCAAACCUUUCCCAUUAAGCCCCCUGGCUGUGGCAGGUUUCCCUGGCAGUGAGCGAGGCGAGCACCGAGGCAGAGCCGGGGGCAAACCAGGGGCGCGUUGCGUAAAAGCCGAUCGGCAUUGGCCUGCAUGAUGGAACUCGGCGAGGGGUGCGUUGCCAGGACUGAUGUCCCGGCUGGUUGUCUGCACUGAAACGCUGCGGGCUGUAAACCGGCCAGCCGAGUUAACAUAGUACCUACAGCAGCUGCUCAGCGCCGAGUGGUUCUUCUCGGGAAUUGUGUGGAUUUCUGGAAAAGUGCUGUGCCAGCUCCUGAAACAGUCGCCACCUCCUUUCCGGGAAAGCACUGUACUUAGUCCAUGGAAAGGAGGAAUUGGUGAUUCAUGCUUCUUGGACAAUCUCCACUUUCUCCUCCCUCCCUGACCGCCCCCCACACCCCUCACACACAAAAAAGAAGAAAAACAGAGAAGUUCCAGUGUGGCUGUGGGAGGGACAAGGGCCAUUUUAAGGAAAGCACACCUCUGUGCGAACUUCACACGUCGUCGCGUUCAGCAGGGAGCCGGAAGCGCCGAGUUGCGGCAAGACUCGGUGCUCUGCCUGCAGUAGGGUGAGGUGCUGUGCAACUCGAUGGCUUCAGACCUGUCUGUGCUUUGCAGCAAUUGCCACCUGCUCGACUGUCUCCUGCUAACACACUGAAUUUCCAAGCACGAGGAUGCCUAGCAGAGCUUUUGGCACUCAGGAAAAAAGAAAAA